AAAACAUUUCCGAAACCUGAAAACUGAAGUUAGGUUCAUGUCUGGUCAGCCGAUAUCCCAGCAUCCUUAGCGCGUCGACUAAGAAGGGUUUCCGGAGCGCACCGAGGACACAUCAAGAAACGUCCCAAGUAUCGUGUAGACGUGUGAUUGAAGCACAUAAAGAUGUCGGACACUAUUGAGGAUAAGAUCAAGAACUACAGGACGGCUCCAUUUGAUGCCCGAUUCCCCAACACCAACCAGACCCGCAACUGUUUCCAGAACUACCUGGACUUCCACAGGUGCAACAAGGCCCUCUCAGCAAAAGACCAGGAUGUGGCUCCCUGCGAUUGGUACCAGAAGGUUUACAAGACCCUCUGUCCCACGAGCUGGGUUUCCAAAUGGGACGACCAGCUAGAGGAAGGAAGUUUCCCAGGGAAGAUCUGAAAUCUGCAGCCGUGAAUCGAUCAGGACAGUCUACUGCAGGACAUUCUGUUACUUGCACCUUUACCUCUGUAGUGUGCCUAAGGACAUCUUCAAACAGCUAACGCAUCAUCAUCAUUGAUGUUACUGUUAACUUUCAAUGGAAACACGCACAACUUUUUACCCCGCAUGUUGAGGUCUGAAGUUUUCCCCGUCUCUAUUGCAAACUACUCUUCGGCUUCAAUAAAUACAGUGCAGAUUUAAUUAUAA